AUGUCGCUCCUUUGGUCCACGAUAACUGAGGUAGAGCGAAGAUGCCAAAAUCGCACAGAAUCUGUUGAAGAGCUUAGCAGGCAGAAAAGGCAAAUCUUCGUCAACACCUCAGCAAAUGGAAACCAUCUUUGGAUGUCAUCCAUGUCUAGAGUCAAGAUUGGAGAGCUUAUGCAGAAGUGCCUGGACAUACAUCAGUACUGUACUGGUUUAGAGAGUUCAGAUCGUGGGCCACCUGGUCCUCCUGGACCUCGUGGACCUCCAGGAAAACCUGGAUCGCCUGGUGCACCUGGACGGCCGGGUUUGAUGGGUAUUCCUGGGCUACCUGGACCGCAAGCCUUUUCCAACGAACCUAUGAUAGGACCACCUGGACCUCCUGGGAAGGAUGCAGAAUGCAGCGAUUGCCCUAUGGUUUAUAACAAUACUGAUGUAGAGACAUGCUUGAAAGUUUGCAUAGGCAAUAUUACUGGUAUGGAAGGAGUUUUCGAAGAGAUAGAAGAGACAUCUACAGAAUCUGCAUAUAUUCAAGGAGCUACUGCACACUGCAAAUUGCAAUCUGUGGGCAAACCUGUGUUCCAUUCGCAUGCCACCACCUACUACGGCAGCUGGAUGAGGGACGCUUAUCCUAGAACUGGCGAUGAUAUGCUGAAACGAUAUCUGAUCAAUCAUUUCCAAGGAAUCGAGAUAGUUGAAUAUCGCACAGAAGCGGACUUACGACGCGAGCACAUUAAUAACGUCUAUCGCCUUCCGCACGUAUUUGAUGGCACCAAUCAUGUACUUUUCAAUGGAUCAUUAUUCUUCCAUAGAGCGGGUUUCCCUCGAAUAGGCAAGUUUGACCUAAGCAGCGGUCAUUAUGAUGAAAUCGAAAUCGAAGGCGCUGCUCAUCAAGGAAAUAAUUACCUUUUCAACAACUCUAUGAAUUACUUCGAUCUUGCUAUCGACGAAAAUGCACUUUGGGUUAUGUACCACUACGAAGCGGAGAAGUUUCUUAGCGUCGCCAAGGAUAUGCUGAAACGAUAUCUGAUCAAUCAUUUUCAAGGAAUCGAGAUAGUUGAAUAUCGCACAGAAGCGGAUUUACGUCGCGAACACAUUAAUAACGUGGACAUAAACAACCUGACUAUCUAUGAGACUCAUAAUCUUACCCUUGUCAACCACAAUCAGAUCGCCAACGGGAUAGUGAUUUGUGGCGUGCUUUAUACGAUUGAAGAUAAUCACGCUCAACGGACAUUUAUUUCCACUGGAUAUGACUUUUAUCGUCGACAAUACUCGAAACCAAAUAUUAAAUGGAUCAAUCUUUACCGAAACGCAAACAUGAUCUCCUACAAUCCUUAUGACAAAAGAAUCUACGUCUAUGAUCACGGAUAUCUACUUACCGUACCAGCGCAUAUUCAGUGGAUGUCGAAAUGA